UAAAAAACCACUGGAUGCUUUGAAUGUAAACUGUUGUUAGCAAACACCGGUACCUACGCGCAUAUCAACUAGUUAGGUUUCGUUAUACUCUACUAUCUACAGCUUUCAUGACUUAACACGUACGGCCAAAAAUCAUUUCAUCGAAACACUUAUCUUGCUGUGUGCAUACAUAUUCCAUCAGUAACGAAUCGCCUAAACUAAGACAUCGCUCAAUCGCUCGAAAACGUGUCACCAAAUCAGUCACAUCCCACCACUCGCAACGAUGGGUAGAAGCUGGAUUUUCAUACUGAUCACAGUGUUAACCGUUUCAAAUGGGUUCAAAAUUUUGGGCAUUCUACCGACCGGCGGAAGAUCGCACGACAUCAUCGGAGCUGCUUUUAUGCGAGCUUUGGCGGCUGCCGGACAUGAAGUUACCAUCAUAACUCCUUACCCCGCAAAGAACCCACCACCGAAUUACCACCAAAUAGAGCUAACCGGUAUGCUGGAACUGAAGAAACAAAACGAAGUGAACAUGUUUGACUACCAAGGUUCCGGACCGUUGGCAUUCACAAUAAUGUUGAUAAUCCUGUACGAAAUGUUUCCUGCAAUCACCUGUGAGUACGUGCUUAAACACCCGAACGUUGUAAACCUACUGAACUCCAAUGAAAAGUUUGAUGCCGUGUUAGUGGAAACAUUCAUCUCCGAAUCCUUGUACGGAUUUGCGCAACAUUUCAACGCUCCGUUGAUUACCUUCUCCGCGUUCGGUAACUCAAUGUGGACCGCUGAUCUGGUUGGGGCACCACUUCCGCUAUCCGAACUCGUGCACUUUUGGGAUCGUUUCCUGUACACUGUUUUCGAUUAUGUCGAUAAAGCGUACUACAAAUGGAGAUACCUACCGGCACAGAAGCGCCUAUAUGACUCCGCUUUCCCGAAUGCGAAACUUUCAUUUGAACAACAGUUGCGAAAUGUUUCAUUGGUGUUUUUGAAUCAACAUUUCAGCGUUAACGUUCCAAUGCCGUAUCCUCCAAACAUGGUGGAGGUUGGUGGCAUCCAGGUUGAUGAUCCGAAGCCAUUGCCAGAGGAUCUUCAAAAAUAUCUGGACGAAUCAACAGACGGAAUCAUUUAUUUCUGUAUGGGAUCGAAUGUAAAAUCGAUUGACUUCCCGGAAACGAAGCGCCAAGCUUUCCUCAAGGCUUUUGCCAAGCUGAAGCAACGCGUUCUGUGGAAGUUCGAAAACGACACGCUGCCGAAUCAGCCACCCAACGUGAUGAUAAAACCUUGGAUGCCGCAGAAUGACAUCCUGGCGCAUCCAAACGUCAAGCUGUUUAUUACGCACGGAGGUCUUCUCGGCGUCACAGAAUCCAUGUACCACGGAAAACCGAUGGUGGGAAUUCCGAUUUACGGUGACCAAACGACGAACGUUGAGAAAGCGGUAAAAGCAGGAUACGCCGUUUUGCUAGAUUACAACGAACUAAGCGAAGCUACGAUUUACCAAGCAAUUGAUACAGUACUGGGUGAUCCUGCGUAUGGUAGAAAUGCUAUGCAGAUGUCCAAGCGCUUCAGGGAUAAACCGAUGACUCCGAAGGAACUGGCGGUUUAUUGGGUCGAGUAUGUGAUUCGGUACCGGGGAGCGCCGCACCUACGAUCACCAGUAAUGGAUCUUACCUUACUACAGCAAGGGUCAAUAGAUGUGCAUGCACUAUUGGUUGUAAUUAUCCUGUCGAUAAUAGUCAUUAAUCUUUAUAUAACAAAGAUAUUAUGGUUGAAACUAGUUAAAAGGAAGGUAUCGUUAGACAGUCAAAAGAAGCGUUCAUAAGGACCUUUUUUCACAAUUGUAGUAAUACAUAUUAAUAAAACAUUCGU